UGUCGUCCACAGCUGUGGCAGGUGUCGUGGUGCGUGACUGUGGUGGUGGUGAGCGACGACCUCACCUUCCUCGCCACCUUCGCCCAGUGGUCCCUCAAGGGCAGCCUCCUGGUGUGGUCGACGAGGCUCCUAGUCGUCACCCGCCUCCCCUUCCACCACCUGCACCACCUCCACACGCUCCUCUCCAACACCAACUCCAUGUUGAUCAUAUAUGAAGAAUCACUAGACAGCAUCAGGUGCGGGGUGUACCUGCAGGUGCCGUACAGUCCCCUGGGCGCCCAGGCGCUGAAGGUGGCCUCCUGGACGCCCCAGCGAGGCCUCGCUCUCACCUCCAGCCUCCCGCUCUUCCCAGACAAGUUCUCAAGAUUCCUUCAGCGGCCGACACUGAAACUGGCGACGGAGAUAAACCCGCUGAACAUUAUGGUUACCCAGGAGGAAGUCGCAGCCCAUGAGGGAGUGAUGUUACAGUUUGCAGGACCCGCGGCGGACAUGGUAUCCUACAUCGCUAAGGGGCUCAACUUCUCGUACAUAUACCUGAGGCCUCCAGACGGGUCGUGGGGCAUCAAGCGUGAGGACGGAAGCUGGUCGGGCAUGGUGGGCAUGGUCAUCAGGCAGGCAAUAGAUGUAGCAGUCGGCCCCUUCGCUCUGAGUGGAAUCCGGUCGGAGGUGGUGGACUUCACAGAGCCAUUCCUAACAGACUACUACAGGAUCCUUGGAGCUCGAGGCCGGCCGGAGGUAAACCCGUGGGGCUUCCUGUUCCCUCUGGAGCCGCUGGUGUGGGCGGCCAUCCUGGGAGCGCUGCUGGUGCUGCCCCUGACGACCCUCCUCAUGGCCUCGUGCUUCUCACUCAACACCCACGGACACAAUUGCAUCUUACCGGCUUCAUCCGCCUACCUCCGCAUAUUGUUGAAUCAGAAUGCUCCUUUACGUGAAGGAUGGAGUUGGGAGCGAGUGGUGUUGGCAGUGUGGGGGCUGGUGACGGUGGUGUUGACGCAGAGCUACGCCGGCAACCUCAUGGCUCUCCUGGCUGUCAGAAACCUUCCUCAGCCCAUCCAGUCCCUCCAGGACGUGUUGGAUGACAGAUCAGUGAUCUCUAUAUGGGAGAAAGACUCUUCUAAUGUGCAGUAUAUGCAUGAAGUGGACUCUGGAAUUUACCAUGAGUUUGCUGGUUUGGAGGAGAAAGGUCGCCUGGUGUACAGAACGCUACCAGAGUUCCCAGAGAGCAUGGACACCUUGGUGAGGAAAGGAGACCACGUUCUCGUGGAAGUCGACUUUGGCUUAAAGAUUUUCAUGUCACGUGAUUUUACGGUAUCAGGGCAGUGUUCAUUCUACCAGUCAAGAGAGGAGUUUCUGCCUAUGAUGCUUGCUAUGGCAGGUCAAAAGGGAAGUCCAAUUGUUUCAGCAAUGAGUAAAAGGUAUCUACAUUUCAAUUAG